AAUUGGAAGCCCAAUAGAGUUGUUAGCUAGUUAAUUAAUGUUGAAUCCUGUUUAUAUAUAUAGUAGUAAACCCCUGCAACUGGAAUCGAUCAUCAAUUAAUUAAUUAAAGAUGCAGAAGCAUAUGUCUAGAAUCUUGAUUACGCAAGGAGUUAUGUUCCUUGCGAUUGCUUCAUUGGCUGCAGGAAGCCACGGCAUAAGCAGUAGAAGCAUUUUGGUUGGAGACUCUGAAGGUUGGCAUGCGGGCACUAACUAUACUCAAUGGUCCAUCAAAAAUAGUCCUUUCCGUAUAAACGACACAUUGGUGUUCAAGUAUCCCCCUCCCGGAAAUUCCACAGUGGCUCAGAGCGUUUACUUACUACCAAACAUGUGGAGCUACAUGACAUGUGAAUUUAGAGGAGCAAAGCUACUUGGAAGCCCUGUUCAAGGUGUUGGUGAGGGCUUAAAGAUUCAGCUCAAUCAAUGGAAGAAGCCUUACUACUUUGCAUCUGCUGAAGGAAAUGCCUAUGACUGUAUUGCUGGACUCAACAAGUUCAUUGCUGUUCCAUCUACUCGUUCCUUUUAGCCCAAUUUCCUUUCUCACUCUCAUGGCCCAAUUAAAUCAUGUGAUUUUGUUUUAUGGUUUUUCUUGUUUCACCUUCAAUAUUCUCAAAUACACAAACAUAACAUAUUUGAAUUAAUCGAUUCAUAAGGUGUUGGUUUGUGCCACCUAGAUAAAUAUGAUGUUGUAUUUUUCUCUGUUACUGUUUUAUUAAUAAAUAAACUAAGUUCAAUUUUGAUGGGCUUCACACUAAACGGCUGUGAACAUUUUCAUUUGUUUAGGCCCAUUCUGAAUAGUUGACAUGAAUAGAGAACUCUUAUUCUACAGUAUAUUUUAAUGAAAAGUUUACCAUGCCUCA